AUGACGAGGAUGUCUCGUGACGAGGCGCAAAUGUUUGAGUUCCAAAUACAGAAGACGGUUAAGGCCUUCUUUCCUGGACUUUCCAUCGUUAGCUGGAAGGAUCGGCAGCAGACGGGGGCCCUCCUGGUCAGGUGCAGCGCCAUAGUACGUGCCGUGCAAGAGCAAGUGACUCAAUAUUUAAAUGUCAAUCAGAAUCUCUCAAAUAUUCUCAUGAAAACUAAGGAAUUGGCCCUGUAUGUCAAUGACGGUGAAAAGGUCUAUGAAAAUGACGGUUUCCAGGAAGACCUAAUUCAACAGCUCGACAUCACGAUUACCAAAGUGAGAAGUGAGUUUUUACAAAUGGAAGAAAUAAUGGAUUCCCUGUAUAAGAAGCUCAUAAACAGAUCCAUCGUUAAGUCUGAGGAAGCGUGGCUUGCAUAUGUGUUAAGAAUUGACUAUCUUUUCUUGGACUGCCAGAAAGAAAUUCUUAGGAAGUCUUUGUUAUCAUUUGAGGGAAUGCUGAUGGGAUCCAGAAGUUGCCCCACGGAACAACUCACUCCAGUCUUCAAACUUUCCAUAAGCCUCACGAACUCCAAAAUUGUUUGCAAGCCCUCAGUGAACCGUGUGUUGAAAGUUGUGACUUCCCUUCAAACUCAGUUUUCCGAGAGUCUGGGUAAAAUACCAUGUCUUCUAAGGCGAUUUGCUCUUGAAAAGGCAAAAGCUCAUGACCAUUUGAAAACUCUCGAAGACGAACUGUGUAAUAAACUACAAAAAAAGCUGUCAACCGAAUUCCAGAUGCAAGUGGAUAAUUUGAAAGAGAAACUAGAACAGUGGCAAGAAUACCGCGAUCUAUGGGAAGUAAACAGAGAAGAAUUUUUCGAACAUUAUCUCAAGAGUGCCAAUUCUGUCUAUGUAUUUGAGACGGAUAUUAUGACUUUUGAGAAGAAAUUAAGAGAAAUCGAAAAUGUUGACGACCACUUGAAAGUGGGAACAUUCUAUAUCAGUUCUGAAAAACUGAAGAAGCAACUUAUUAAACUUUGUAAAUCUUGGAUAUGUGAGUUUGAAAACAAUCUUUACAAAAGAGCUUCAAAUAAGUUAGAUUUUUUUUAUAAUUAUAGCAAGGAAACAAGAGUCUUGCUCAAAAGUAAUCCACAAGACAUCCCUUCUCUCAUUUCUUCCGCUGAAGAAUGCCUCUUAGCAAAAGAGCAAUUGACAAAUUGCAGAAAUGAGUUCUGCCCUGUCAGGGAGGAAUUUGAGGUAUUGAAAAAGUAUCAUUAUAAAAUUCCGUCAAAUGUAAAUAAACGUUUGUCUCAACUUGAAAGUGAGUGGGACACUGUGGGAACAGCGUUGACGAACAAGAUACUUGAGCUAAACAUAGCUCUAGAUACCUACAGGAAAGCAUACACUGAACGAUCAGAAUUAGUCAUUGAAGAAGUUGAAAGCCUCAAGAUCCAAUUCAAGCAAAUGCUGCCAACAAGAUUUGACAAAACUAUUCCAGAGGCAAAGGAAAAUAUUAAAAAUUUAAAAGAUAUGAUGACAAACAUUAUCAACAAGCUGGUUGUUAAUGAGACUCUGAAAUUAAUGUCAUUGCCACAGAUUGAGUUCCCAGAGCUCCCAGCCUUUCAGCAUAAUCUUGAAUCCGCAGAGAAAAUGUGGUCACUUUUAGAGGAGUGGCAGAAAACCUGGGACACUUGGGCAGCCAUAGUUGUUUGGGAAGUAAGUGUUGUGGCACUUCAGGAUAUGUUAUCUACGUAUGGUCAAAAAAUAAGAGCAAUACAGCCUUUCGCAGCUUUUGCAAAAGGAGACAUUGAAGACACGUCUGCUCUUGGAGACAGCAAGUGGGAGUUGAAAGAGGAAAUAUUAACUAGAGUAGAGUUAUGCAAGCUUUUGGUUCCUCUUACACUAAAUCUACAAAAUGCUAAUCUAAAAGAUCAUCACUGGUGUCAGAUUAAGUCGCUUGUCAAGACUGAAUUUGAUCAAAAUUCCGAAGAAUUCACUCUUUGCUUCCUCCAGAAGCUUAACUUAACAUCGUACAAAAAAGAAAUGUCUGCUAUCAUAAUAGAUUCAACAGAGGAAACCAAAAUUGUUAAUGAAAUCCAAGAUAUAAAGCAUAUCGCCUCGCAGAUAACUCUGAGCCUCAAGCCCAUUGCCUCCAUGGGUGUGUCUGUGGUUGAGUCAACGCUGGAAGCCAACUCAAGCAUUGCAGGGCUGAACAUGAGGCUACAGAUAUUGUCUGUCUCACACCAUGCUAAGCCCUAUUUUGAAGACAUUGAAGACAUCCGCUGCAUUCUCACGUCCAUGAUACUAUUCCUGGAAAAUAUAGAGGAGUUGCAGAAGAAAUGGGCCACUUGGGAGCCUUUCUUCCACGUUAUGGACGUGAGGCUUCAUCUAAUACAUGCCACAGCCAUCUUUGAUUCCCUCAAUGAAAGGUGGCAGAAGUUAUCUACACUCAUGACGUCAGAACACUUCCUCAAAGCUGUGGCUCUUCAGGAAGACCUCCAAGAAGAAAUAAAGUUAAUGUCUGGAGAAUUUAAUAAUAUGGCUCAACAUGUGAAACCUUAUCUUCAGGACCGAAAAGAACAAUAUUCCCGGUUUUGGCUAUUGUCUGAAGACGACCUUGUUGCAGCCAUAUCUACUGUCCUCGAUGGAGAACAUGCCAAGAAAUUUCUUUCAAAAUUAUUUACUAAUAUAGCUAGAAUAAAGCAGGAGAAGAAUAGCCAAUUAGGCGCACUGGAAAUUAUUGGAGUGUAUUCAAAAGAAGGAGAAUUUCUCGAGCUAAAUUCUUACGUUCCGAUUAUCGGUUCUUUUGACACAUGGCUCAAGAACCUUUCUUCUGGCAUAGAAUCAACACUUAAAGACAAUGUGAGGCAAUGCAGAAACAGCAUGAAAUCUGCAGCGAUGAAAGUGGAUGAUAUUGUGAAGCUCUGGCCUCUUCAAGUCGCUGUUAUCGCCUUUGUCAUGCAUUGGACAGUGGAAAUAAGUCGAGCUUUGGCUAAAUUCAAAGGUCAUCUAAAUUCAGACCAGCUUCAAGUUCUUAAAAGGAAGGUGAGGGACUCUCAACUAAGAUUGGAUGGAUGUCUGCAGGGAAAUUUACCCAAGUUAGUGCGAGAAAAAAUUCGCCUGUUUUAUCUUACAGUCCUGCACAUAAGAGACUUCCUUACAUCGGCAUCCGAGAGUAGGAAAGGUCUGACGAGUGAGAGCGAGAUGCUCAUGAGGUACACAUGGGACAAAGAUUCCGAUAACAUGCUACUGCAGAUCGGCACCUUUGACUUUGCUUACUCCUGGGAGUAUCAAGGAUUAUGGUCAUUUGUGUCAAUAACUCCUUCCAUGACGCGCAACAUUUUAAACCUGGCAAGAGUACUUUCUCAGGGUGUGGCUAUUGGUAUGCUGGGUGCUUAUGGCUAUGGAAAAACAGAGACGAUUAGGAUGAUGGGACAGCUUCUGGGACGCCACUUCGUUACAGUAUCCUGCACUGCCUCUCUCACUACCGUUCAGCUAGUACAGUAUCUUCUGGGUACCAGCCAGUCCCACAGUUGGUUACUUCUCGAAAAUGCCCACCGCCUCAACCUCGAUGUUGCUUCUGCUUUCAGCGAGAUGCUGCGUGUGAUCCAAGAUGCACAGCGAGCAGUAGCAACUACAGGAGGAGCUAAGACUGGUGUUGUGAGAGGCAGCAAGUUGCAGCAGACACCAAUCAAAAUCCUGGAGGGAGUAAGGGUUACUUUGUCGCCUCAGUCAGCUGUGCUGUUAGAGAUGGAGCCUAGCCACCCUUCCUCUCUCAAGGUUAUGGACAUACUCAAACAACAGUGCAAACCUGUGGUUGUGUUUUCUCCAGAUAUACAAAUGAUCACAGAAUGCAUGAUGCUGGUGGAAGGGUUUAAGGAGUUCCGGAGUCUGUCAGUGAAAGUGAGCGAGGCUGUGGAGAGCCUAGCCACGGCCCUUCCCACCCGUUACCGCUGGCAGCUGGGAACCAAGAGCGCCGCUAUCAUCGUCACUCUUGCUAAGGAUAUCAUGAAGAGAUUCCCUGAAAUCGACGAAAUAGAUACCAUUCCUCUUGCCCUGAGAGAAUACCUGAUUCCGCAACUAAAAGAGAGUGAUUUGCCUACAUUUAAGGAAGUGUUUAGACUUCUUUUCCCCGAAUUCGACGCUGCAUCUCCCACCAAUGAAGUGUUGAAAGAAGCUGUAAUUAGAGAAAUGAAGGAGAAUGAUCUUAUUGUCAAAGAUAAUUUUAUCGAUAAAAUACUUCAGUUACAUGAUGCUAUAUCAAAAAAUCAAAUAAUUCUUCUGUUUGGAAAUUCUGGUUCUGGAAAAUCAACUUCCUUAAGGUUACUGGAAAGUACUUUCAACAGACUUAACGACGAAGGAAAUGCAAGCUUCAAGGUUACCAAGACGGACGUACUUAAUCCUCUGGUACUUGAGCAUGAUUUCCUGUACGGUCCCAACGAGGAGGUGGUAGUCAAGACAAGUGAGGGUUACCUACCACAUGUAUUGAGGAGGCUCCACCGGUCAAGUCUUACCUCUGAGAGCUGGCUCAUAUUCGAAGGACCUCAAGGACAUCCUUGGCUCAGUAGCUUCUUCCUUCACUUGCAUUUCACAAACAACAAUUUCCUCACUGGCCAUCGACAAACAAUCUCACUGCCAAGUAACUUGAAGAUUAUUCUUGAGAUCUCUGGAGUCCUGAGCCACCUCUCCCCGGCGGACUUGGCCUCCUGCUACGCUGUAUACUUUCCCCCUCAACCUCAACUCUGGGAGGAUAUCAUUCAGAGCUGGCGAGGAACUAUCACAAAUAACAGAAUUUCAAGAGCUCUACAGACCCUGAUAAAGAAGAAUCUUCCCAAUUUUAUAAAUAUACUAGACUCUGAAACUAUUACAAAACCAUCUAUGAUUAUGAAAGCUAAGGCUUUUGUGGCUAUUAUGAGAUCUCUUAUGGAGACUGAGCUGGCUGAUGCUGAUCCAGAGGACUGGGUAACUAGGCUAUCGCCAGCUUUCAUCUUUAGCAUAAUUUGGUCUUUUGGGGCUGACAUCUCUUCUGCAGAAGCUGCAGAAUUUGAAGAAGUAGUGACCAGGAUGAUCGAGGAUGUGCCAGAGGGAGGCAUUUACGACUACUAUGUAGAUAUAACUACUGGACACUUUGCCCCUUGGAACAAGCUCUCACCUAAUUUAGAGGACCUUCAUGUUCCAGUGUUUGACUCUAGUAUUGUUCCAACGGACAGAAUCAUUAAGUACACAAAGAUGACCCAAAUGUUAAUGGCUGAAGGCAUUCCUGUUCUUCUGAAAGGUGUUCCUGGGUCAGGGAAAAGUACCAUUAUCAACGUGUUGAGUCAGACACCUGAUCCCACGAGACAGAUAACUGUUAUGAGCCAAACAGCAUGUACUAGACCUAAUGACAUUCAGAGUGCAAUUGAAAACAGUCUCAUUAAGCAGGGUAAAAACGUUCUUGCCUGUAAAAAUACAAGAUUACAUUUGCUGAUUGAUGAUCUUCAUUGCAGUGAUGGAGAUGUCCAUUUGCAUGAAGUUUUAGCAACAGUAAAGUUCACUACAAACAAUCGAAAAUUAUACAGCUGUGAGAGUAAUUCUUUUCUUAAAAUUCCCGAGUUGUGCUACAUGUUUACUUUUCAAGCAAGAGACUGUGACUUUGGUCAAGAAAAAACCCAAGAGAUUAAAGAAAACAUUGAUACAUAUUGGGCGGAAUCUUUCCAUGUUCUGACAAUGCCAGAUUUUGAGAAUGCUGAAUUAGAAGCUAUUUUUGGCAAGCUGUAUGACAAAACUCUUGGACAUUUUGAGCAGGAGGUGAAAUGCUUAAAGUCUGUGAUAGCUGAAGGAAUUAUUUACCUUUAUCGGCGAAUGGGGGAAAAGAGUCAGGUCAAGUGUGGUGAUCAUCUACCUCUGAUCCAUCAUCCUAGACAAAUAGUCUCGGUAUUAAAAGGCCUUCAACUGGCAGAUGAAGAAACCCAGGAUCGAGACAACUUCUUGAAACAUUUUACUCACGAGUGUUAUAGAGUAUUCCAUGAUUUAGGAGUUGUACCUUCUUCCGACUUUGAUAACCUAAUGAAAGAAGUUCUAUCAGAAUAUCUCUGCAUAAGCCUUGACGUCAUUUGUGAUGAUCCCAGUGUGUUUCUCCUCACUCGACUUGGUAACGACGACAACUUUUACGAAGACUCAGAUCUGGAGAAGCUUAGGCCUAUUCUGCACAAGGCUGGGCAAAGUCUCAUUGGUAGAAAUAAAAUGUUUGCAAUCCAUGACAGCCUUAUACACCACACUGUUCGACUUCUGAGAAUUUUAGGGAUACGAAGUGCUCGGGAGGAGAAUUCUGGGAGGGGCGCAAACUCUCUGCCAGCACUAGAGAAUAUAGGAGGUCACCUCGUUCUGGUGGGGCCCCAGGGUUGCGGCAAGAAAACCUGUGCGCGCCUCGCGUCCUCAGUGGCUGGCUACAAGAUCUACGAUGUUAUUGGAACCGAAAUUGAAGCAAAAAUAAAAUCCAAAAAUAUAUUAACAGAUUUAAAGCUGAGAAUACCUGUUCUUGCUAUCAUUGACUGGAAUAUUGUAGAGAAUGUGCGGAAUCUGAAAUUUUUGAACGAUUUGCUUGUAGAGCAGCAAUAUACAGAGAAGGCAAGCGAGUGGCAAGCUUACCUUAAAGUUUGCAUAUGUGUUCCUUCCCUGGAAGAAGCCCAUGAGAUUCUGAAAUACUUACCAGCAGUAUCCGUUUUCUUCAGCGUUGACACUUUCCACGAAUGGUGUAUGGCAGACCUUCACAGCAUUGGCAAGCAAAUUAUUUUAGAAAAUCUGGGAGAAAACCUCACGGAGAUGAAGGUACAAUCUGUAGCAGAAAUAAUGGCCAUUAUACACUGCGACACUGGUUCAAAUCCUUCUGCAAGAUUCUUAGAAUUUUUGACAAUGUUCCUGCAAGUGCAUGACAAAUUGUUCAGUGAUAUUAUUAAGGAUAAGGAAAGACUUAAGACAAGCAUUGUAAAGUUUGAAGACACUCAGAAGCGAGUGUUAGAGCUGUCCAACCAGCUGGAGGAGCAGCGAGCUCAAGUUACCUACAUACAGCAAUCAUGCGGAGGUGUUGUUCUCAAGAUGAGGAACAUCAAGUCUGAGCAGGGGAGGCUGGAGAAGGACCUGGCCAAGAAUGCUGUGCUCUUGAAGAGACAGAAGGACGAGUCAACUAGAAUAGGAGAACUUAUAAGCCGUGACCUCACUGCUCCUAAGCUGGAAAUGAAAGCCAUUCAUCGCAAGUUAGAUCGUAUAACAAAAGCAGAAUUUGAAAUUUUGAAAAGUCUUGGGAGGCCACCAAAAUGUGUCGAAUUAGUAUUCGAUGCUGUAUUAAUGACACUUGGAUUAGACCCAUCGUGGAACGAAGCCAAAAAGCAAAUGGCGAAUGGAUUAAAUUUUAUUUCCUCCAUUAGAAAAAUUUCUGUUGAGGACACAAGCGAAAAAAAUUUACUGAAAAUCCAGUCGUACCUGAAAAUGGAAGAAUUAAAUAUUGACAAAGUUACAGAAGAAUCUUUUACAUGUGCAACUUUCCUGAACUGGCUACACUCAUUUGAAAAGUACGUCAGGGUGUACAAGGACUACCAUCCUCUGAAAGUUCAGGCAGACAUCAUUGGCAGGGACAUUGAAGCAACGGAAGAAGCUAUUAAGCAAUACGAACAAGAUCUGGCUGGGUUCGGAAUGGAGCAUCAAAUCCUUAUGGCACAGCUGAAGGAAAAGGAACAGCAACUGGAGGCUGCUGAAGAGGAGAUGAAGGUUUUGGAGGGAAGAAUACAACUCGCCCAGAAGGUUAUGGCACAACUGGGAGAAAACAAGAUACACUGGGAGGAAUCUCUGUCUCACUGUAGCGUAAAGCUCCGCAAUAUAUUUGGUGAUGCAGUAUUAGCUGCAGGUUUUGUGACAUAUAUUGGAGAAUUUACUUACAAUGAACGACAGAGGGUCAUUAAAGACUGGCAAAAUAAGAUGGAUGAAAUGUGCAUUUUUUACACCAAAGAAAGAAAUGUUUUGGAUAUUUUGGCUCCGUUGGAGUCUCGGGUAAAGUGGCACGAGGAAUGCCUACCUAUAGAUAUAUUUUCCCUGGAGAAUGCUGCUGUCAUCUGUAACUCCAGGCUCCCUCAGCUCAUCCUGGAUCCCCACUGCGUACUAGAGUGGAUCCGCAAAUGGAAGGAUUCAGUGGAAGUUGAUCUUAAUAAAAAUGAUUAUAUCGUCGAACUUGAGGAUAUUAUGAAGAAAGGGAUAACGUGUGUCUUAAUACAAGAAGAGCUCUCGCUGCCUAUUCACAUUCUUCAAAUUCUUAAAAUGGAGCUAGCGAGAUCCGAUGAUCAAAUAAAUAAAAAUAUCAUUCAAGUCGGCGAGAAAAAGAUAAAUGUUCACGAUAAUUUUAAGCUUGUAAUAUUAUUAAAAGAGCGAGAAACUCGUAUCAGUAAUAAUAUCAAAACUUUGGUUAAUGUAGUGAACAUGGAGAGUCAGCAGGAAGGUCUGGAGAUUCUCCUGACGGAUAGAGUGGCCUCUCACUGUCAGCCCGACCUGGCAGAGGCUUUGAAGAAGAGUGAGUGGGACUUGCUCGACCGACAGAAGCAACUCUCAGAGCAGGAAGAGACAAUCAGGAAUCUUAUGUCCCGUUUCGAUGACGAUGUUUUGGAGGAGAGUGCCUUGAUGGAAAUGCUUCAGGCUGCGUGUGCAAAAGCAGCCGAGGCGAAAAAGAAAUGUCUUGACCUCCGUAAAACGCUUGAUUUAGCCAGGGAUGGAAAUAACACUUAUAGGAAAAUAGCAGAACUGAUGACGCGACUAUACUUAAUUGUGGAACGCUUUCCCCGCCUGCAGCCAUCCCUCACGAUAGGAAUAGAACGUUUCAGCAGCCUCAUCAUCAACGAUAUGCAACCUCAGAGCUUCUCUUUCUCAUGGGGAAGGAUGCUGGAGAGUAACACAGUCAUUAAAAUGCUCCAGUCUUUAUACAGGCACCUACAGGAGCAGGUGAGCCGGAUAUCCCUGGUGACAGUGGGACUCAUACUGGCGAUGUGGUAUGAAUGUCACCUCGGAAUGUUGACGCCACAGUUUUGCUCUCUCCUGUACACACCGCUGAUACUCCAGGCAGGUCCUCCGUACACUCCUGUAGACUUGCGAUCUCGCCUCAACCCUGGGUGCCACAACUCUCCCACACAGUUUUCAGAGCCCAAACUAUCAACAACAUCGCGUCCUAAGUGGCUCACUGAGCGGCAGUGGGUUCAUGUGCUGACUCUGUCAUCUACAGAGCCGUUUUGUGACCUGCCCGACCAUAUGAUAACCUACGAAAAUUUGUGGCGUGUGUGGUACAUCACUGAACAGCCCGAGACAAUAACGCUUCCCAAGAAAAUGGAAAGGAAAAUACGUGGCUUCGCUAAGCUUAUUCUCAUCAAGUGCUUGAGGUCAGACCGUCUGGAUGAAGCAGCCAUGUUAUACGUUCAGCGAGUUCUAAAACAAGAGGCAAGUGAGGCCACAGCUAAGGCUCUCCUUUCUGUUGCAAGCAAAGGUAUCGCCUCUGAACCUAUUAUUGUGUACAGCUCAGAGCCACUGGACGUGGAGUACAUCCUGCAACAAGUGCAGCCACUCUGUCAUCCUGUUUUGACAUCUGAUCCAGAGUCACUGGACGUCUUGACUCUUGGCCAAGGCAGGGAGGAGACUCUCAGCUUGCGGCUCAAGCGUUGUGUUCAGAAAGGUUACUGGUUUCUCCUCAAAAAGAACACAGAGGCUGCCUCGUGUAUUAACUGUCUGAACGAACUUCUUAAGGAUGACUUGAUAAAAACAGCAAAUAAACGAUUUCAGGUAUGGAUGUACUUUAACAAUGAUGAUGAACUGCCAGUUAGUCUAAUGACUUCCUGUCAUAAAGUCUUUUUAUGUUUACCAUCAACAAUCAAAGAGUCUCUUCGGCAUUUGUAUGAACUCGUCGGAGAGAGUCGCCUGUCAGCUUAUAACAAUGAGUGGAGCAAGUGGUGCCUUCUUAGUCUUGCUCUUUUCCACAUUGCCUUCGUGACACGCCAGACACUGGAGAACAACAGCACUCCUGUUGCUCAGACACUGGGAGACACUCAGUGGGAGGAGGCAGAGAAUUUACUGCGAACUCUGAUGAGCGGUAGUUCUGCUCCAAACAGCAGCAUCCUUUCAUCUCUCACAUCUGGCAUCUCUGAUAUAUAUGUCUCGGGAGCACUGACUGAGGAAAGUCACAGUGUUCUCUCCCUACUCUUGCAUGUCUACCUAGCUUCUGAAGCUAUAGAAAAUGUUCCAGGAAGAGUCUCGUCUCUUACUCACUUCGCAGUGCCGAAGGCCACCUCUCUGGAGGAUCACUUUGCACAGAUGGAGUUCAUCUACCUGGCUCAAAAUGUCUCUCUGACCGGUGUGGCACCAAUGGUUAUCCUAAAGAACCAAAGGGAUGAAGCCAGGGAUAUCAGCAUUGCUCUGCAAACUAUCAAUGAAAAUCCAAGAUUCGCCCAGUACAUUCAAGAAAUUGAUUGGUCAAAACGUUUCAGUACGAAAAAAUAUAAGAAAAUUAAAAAUAUAAAAGUUCAUAGACCUUUUCAGUCAGUUCUAAAGCAAGAGCUAGACGAGUUUAUAAAAACGUCGGAAAAUGUAGCUACAAAGCUUAAAGUUUGCACUGACCUAAAUACUUUAUUAGACGUAUUGGAGGCCAGUGUGCCAGACCUAGACAUUACACAUGAAGAUGAUAAGCUACAAAAGAUUGUAGUUAAAUUAGAAAGACUGAAAGCAAGAGGUAACUUCCUAUAUAAUAUGAUUAGCAGAGCUGAACCACCACGGACCAUACGACUAGGUCUGCUGAGGGAACCUGCAGCAAUGUGGGCGGCGGCAGCCCGCAGCUGCUGGGGUGAGCUGCAGGCGGCAGGGUUAGAGGUAGUGGUGGCCACCAAAGCGCUGUGUACAAGCCUGGCUGCUAAAGGAGGUGAAGCUGAAGGAAAAGCUGUGAGUGAGGAGGACGAGAGCACGACGCUGGUACUGGAGAAGCUGGUGUUACUUGGGGCCCUGUGGGACCCAGCCUCCGAGGAAGUCAUGACAGAGGAGCUGGGAUCCAGUAUCCCAACUUCCAGCACUAUCGACCUCAGUGUCAUGCAGUACACCCCGAGGGUCAAGAAGAUGAUCAAGAAAUCGGGCAGAGUUCACCGGACGCCUGUACACGUCAAUGUUGACGCCAUGGCUCCACCUCUCUUCUGGGUCCACCUGCCUCUCUCAGCUUCCAUCACCAGCCACACCUGCCUCCUCAGCGGGGUCCGUCUGCUCACAAACUGACGUACGCUGGGAAAAGGAAUUCCAGUUGGCACCUCCUACGUAACUGAAGUUCAGUGGCAGAACGAUGGGCUGACUAACCAAAAUCACCAGCUUGCUGUGUUGUAUUUCGUGGUCAAGUGCGCAUCAGUCCCUAGAAACAUGUCGAUAUUCCUCCUCCUCCUCUCCCGCUGCUCACGACAGAGAUAUAUUUUCAAAUAAAUUACUUUAAAUUGAUGCACUACAUAACGAAAAUAAAAGUAAACAGUACCUAGUAUGUAGAACACCAUUUACAGAGUGCAUAAUACCUGUUACAGAGUGCAUAACACUUGUUUCAGGGUGCAUAACACCUGUUUCAGAGUGCAUAACACCUGUUACGGAGUGUGAAGAAGGUGUGUAGAACACAGUUCGCAAUGUAUCGGUAGGAGAGCUGAAGAAACACCGUAUAGUAAUAAUAU